AUGGCGAGAAUCCUAUGUUCCUACCUAAAAAUGAUGCUCGACUACAACGCUCUUCCACCAUUCAUUCAUCUAUAUUGGAUCUCUGCAUCCAGCUCGAAAGAAUUUCUCGAGCCCCUCGCGAACUGCAUGAGUCUCCUAGGCAUGCUCGGUACCCGCGCAAGAGGGACCGCGAGCCUCUUCUGGCGCAACGUUCGAAUGGAAUGCGAUCAUCUCUCAUCUACCUACACCACCUUCAACAAAUACGGCAUGAUCGCCGCUACCCAGGCGCUUCUCAUAUACAUGCUCGUCCGAGUAGCAGAAGGAGAAACCGAGAAUAAUAACCAUGACGCCGCACUCCUCGGUACAGUUACCUUGAUGUUAGGAGAACUGAGAAGACAGCUCCAAUGCGAGUCGGUCGACAUGGAAUCGGUCGACAUGCCGUAUAUGUAUUUCGUAUAA